UCUUUGUAUGUAUACAAUUCAUACAAGCAAAGUAUCUUAUUGUCAUUUGACAUCAGCAACAUGUCUCCUGAUGAAAUGACUAAUCUGAAAACUGUGAUAUCGACUAUUGCAUCUGUUACUGCUACAGUUAUGCUCGUCCGGAGCGUAGCGAAUGACUUAAUCCCAAAGGAAUUCCGAAGUUUUGUGUUCGAUAAUUUCCAUGAGCUUUUUUGUCGUUUUUCUUCCAACUUUACUAUCCUUAUACAUGAAUUCCAGGGUCCGUCUCCAAACCUGGUGUUCGAGGCAGUUGAGGUGUAUUUGGGUACGAUAGUGAACUCAUCGACUAAGAGUAUACGUAUAGGUAAGACGGAGAAUGAUAAGGGAUUGGUUAUUACGAUGGAGAAAGACGAGGAGAUUAUUGAUGUUUUCGAGGAUGUUAAGGUGAAAUGGAGGAUGGAAUGUAGGCGUAUCGAGUCAGGGAGUCAGAAUGAGGAGAUUCGCGACAUGAUAGCCGCGUUGUGUUCAGAACUUAGAUGUUAUGAGUUGAGUUUCCAUAAGAGACAUAAGCAGAAGGUGUUGAACUCGUAUUUGCCAUACAUUAUGGAGAGGUCAAAAUCCGCUAAGGAAGAAUCCAGGGCGAUAAAACUGCAUUCAAAUUUUCGUAACUGGGGUCCUGAUGGGAUGAAACUCGAACAUCCUAUGACAUUGGAUACUCUGGCUAUUGAUGAAGAGGUUAAGGCCGCGUUGGUUGAUGAUUUGGCGAGUUUUGUUAAGGGGAAAGAGUACUAUAGUAGGAUUGGGAAAGCGUGGAAGCGAGGGUACUUGCUUUACGGCCCUCCAGGAACUGGUAAAUCGAGUUUGAUAGCUGCUAUGGCGAAUCAUCUGAACUAUGAUGUAUACGAUUUGGAUCUUACUGAAGUUCGUAGCAAUUCAAGUCUGAGAUCGUUGUUACUAGGCAUGUCUGGUCGAUCAAUACUUGUGAUCGAAGACAUUGAUUGCAGCAUCAACAUCGAGAACAGAGAAAAGGUGGAAGAAAAGGAGAACACAAUAGGGUAAGUGACAUUGUCCGGGAUACUUAACUUUCUCGAUGGGAUUUGGUCGUGUUGUGGAGAGGAACGGAUAAUUGUGGUCACGACUAACCACAUUGACAAACUAGAUGCAGCGUUGUUGAGGCCUGGACGAAUGGACAUGCACAUUCACAUGUCUUACUGCAGGUUAUCCGCGUUUAAACAGUUGGUUUUCAAUUACUUAGGGAUUCGACAGCACGAACUGUUUGAUCAGAUUGGACAGCUCCUCGAAGAAGUGGAGGUUACACCAGCAGAAGUUGCAGGUGAACUGUUGAGAAGCAAGAAUCCAAGUAUAUCGCUCCGAGGUCUACUUGAGUUUCUUGAAAACAAAAUCGCGGAAAGGGAGAGAUUGAAAGCUGAGACGGAGUUGAGAGAGCAGAACGAGGUAGCAGAGGAAGAACCUAAAGAUGCAACGAAGCCUGAAUCUAAAUUCGACUCUUCUGAGGAUCUUACUCACAUCGUCGAUCACUAGAUGAACAUGGAGGCCUAUUUACUGUUUCUUCUUCUUGUUUUCUUGAAGGAACGCGAUUGUAGUAAUCAACUGACAAGAAUAAAUAGAUUUAAAGUUGUUUUCAUAAAGCUGAGAAGUACUUUGAGUUUAAUAAUAUGUUGCUCGAACUCUUCAAAACA